AUGUACGGAGAAACAAGCCUUGAUAAUCUCUCGAGAGAGAUUUCUGAACUCGAGAACCGAUUGCAGAAUGCGAGGGAUCGUUUGAGAUCUGCUUCUGGGUGUCAGGAUGUCAACCCCACCUUAUCGAGCCCGUUGAACGACAGCACUUGGAGCUCAAACUCAAUUCACUUCUUACUGCUUCUCUCAGAUUCUGCCCUUCCACUCGGCUCAUUUGCAUAUUCCAGCGGACUCGAGUCUUAUCUAGCCCACAACAAGCCCAAUCCUCGUUCCACAACACCGACAACGUCAUUCAACCAAUUCCUAAAGCUCUCCAUUGCUUCGGUUGCUAGCACCGCUCUACCGUAUAUUAUUACGGCCUACAGACAUCCCCAGGACCUGGAAACGCUGGACAACGAUCUGGACGCGUCCACUCCCUGCGUAGUGGCACAGAGGGCUAGCAUUGCUCAAGGCAGAGCUCUCCUCGGUGUUUGGGAAAGAGCCUUUCGACAGUCAUAUGCCGGCUUGGACUCAAUGGCUGGUUCCUCCAGGACCGCAGUUCAAGCGAUUGAAGGCUUCUCGGACUCCUUGAAAUCUAGCGUUGACGGUACGGAUGAAUUAGGGCCUAAGGGACACUUGCCGCCUCUAUGGGGUGUCGUGUGCUUGGCUAUGGGGCUGGAUCUCCAUCAGACAACUUAUGUCUUCAUGUUGAACCACGCCAAGGCGAUCCUCAGCGCUGCAGUUCGGGCCUCCGUGAUGGGCCCUUAUCAAGCACAAAAUGUUCUUGCUAGUAGGGGUUUGCAGGAGAUGAUCGCGGAGCGAAUUGAGCGGGAAUGGAAAACAGACGUAGAAAAUGCAGGCCAAGUUGUUCCUACACUUGACCUUUGGAUUGGGAGGCACGAGCUUCUUUACAGUAGGAUAUUCAAUUCAUGA